UCCAAACCCGGAAGGGCUCCUCUGCUCCGCUGUAGUCCAGCUUCGGUCGAAGGCUUCCCAGGAGGGGGCAGUGGGUAGGAGUGGAGCAUGGGACCUCUUGGCUGCGGAGGAUGGGCGGUGUAGUCGACCCACGGCUUGUAUUUUGCUUUAAAGAGCCCUGGUUGGUUCUGGAGGAGGAGGUGGAACCUCCAGGGGAGAGGCUAGAGGAGGGGGCUGGUUGGGGACAAUGGGAGUUGGAGUCCAGCGCAUCGGUCGGGGGCUAGGAAGGCUGAGGUCGGCCGGGGAACCCCGUUCCUGGAGGUCGACAGGCUGGAGAUGCCAAGUGGGACCUGCCUCCAGGCUCCUCCUGGGUUUUUGGGUGGGGGGGGGCUUGCCCGCCCCCUCCCUCCAGGGAGGAACAUCUCUGGUCCCUGCUUUUCUGAAGCGCUUUGGCCUCUACAAAUAAUAAUAAUAAUAAUGAUAAUAAUGAUAAUGAUAACAAUAAUAACAACAACUUUAUUGUCAUUGUACGUGUAUACACAGACAAUGAAAUUCACUUAACACCCAAAGACCAGGUCCAACACCAACAAAUGAUGCUGCUAUAACAGCCUUUCUCAAUCUUGGCCACUUAAAAUAUGGGUGGACGUCAACUCACGGAAUUUCUGGCUGAGGACUUCUAGGAGCUGACGGCCACCCAUCUUCAAGUGGCCAUGGCUUAGAAACACUGGCCCAUAAGAAGUGACGGGAUUUUUUAAAAAUCUACACGAUAGUCCGCAUUGUGUCAAAAAAUAUGCCCAGUAUAUACAACUCAGUGUAAAAAAUAUGCUCCAAUAUUCUCUUUUGCACAAGUCUCUGAAGCCUUCCCUCUGCUUUGACAUGCGCAGUCCCAGACCAUGGGUUUCGGGAGAAUUUUCCAAGCCUUUUGCAGCUGCCCUGCAAGGAGGGUACCGAUCCUUUGGUCUUCCUGGCACAAGGCCCCAGACGUGGCUUCCCGGUGGAGGAAUUACGCAUCCUGUCCCUACAAAGCGGUGAUCUUUGACAUGGGUGGCGUCCUCCUUCCUUCUCCAUACAAACUGGGCAUGGAUUGGGAGAUUCGGAAUCGUGUCCCCGCCGGCACCAUCAAAGAGGCCUUAAGAUCCGGGGGUGAGGACAGGCCCUGGAUGAGAUUCAUGAGAGGGCAGCUGAAGUGGGCAGAAUUUCUACACGAGUUCAGACAACAGUGCUCCAGAAUUGCAAAUGCUUCUGUUCCAGCGGACUCUUUCCUUUUUGAAUUAACCAGAAUACAAAUGUCAGACCAGCUCCCUGCUAUGACUGAGGCCGUAAAGUGCAUCAGAGCCAGAGGUCUCAAGACGGCCGUUUUGACGAACAACUUUUAUCUAGAAAAUGGAGAGAGUUUUCUGCCUAUAGACAGAAAGCAAUUUGAUGUGGUUGUGGAAUCUUGUCGGGAAGGGGUGUGCAAACCCGACCCUCGCAUCUACCAGCUGUGCUUGGAGCGCCUGGGUGUCCUGGCCAAGGAGUCCAUCUUUCUGGAUGACAUCGGACAGAACCUCAAAGCUGCCAGCCAACUUGGCAUUAAGACCCUGAAGGUCGAUGAUGCGGACUCUGCAGUUCAAGAAUUAGAGACCUACCUCACUUUCCCCUUGCGUUGCAUGAUUCCUUACGCGUCUUCUGUGAGGCCGGCCAUGGAAAUCCCCACAGCGCCUCUACAAAAGUAUCUUGAAAACAUCUUGGGGGCCCAAGCGAAAGGUUCUCUGGAGCUGCACCAGUUCAGCCACGGGCAGUCCAAUCCGACUUACUACAUCAGAUUUGGGGACCAUCAGUUGGUUCUAAGGAAGAAGCCACCGGGGAAGCUCUUGCCCUCCGCUCACGCGGUAGAGAGAGAAUACAGGGUCCUGAAGGCCCUCAGGGAUACUGGCAUCCCUGUUCCAAAAGUCCUGGCCUUAUGUGAAGAUUCAAGUGUCAUCGGCACCCCCUUCUACCUGAUGGAGUACAGCCCCGGCCGGAUCUUCAAGGACCCUUCUCUCCCAGAGCUGGAGCCCCACCAGCGGACGGAGGUUUAUAGUGCCAUGAAUAGCGUCCUCUGUCAAAUCCACAGCGUGGGCAUCCAAACUGUUGGCCUGGAGGAUUAUGGAAAACACAGCAAUUAUGUCCAGCGGCAAAUCCAGACCUGGAGCAAGCAGUAUCGAGCCACGGAGACUCACACAAUCCCAGCCAUGGAGAGGCUUCUCAAAUGGUUCCCGUCCCACCUUCCAGCCAGUGAGCAGCUCUCGGUUGUUCAUGGAGAUUUCAGGCUGGACAAUCUUAUCUUCCACCCUGAGAAACUGGACGUUGUUGCUGUCCUUGACUGGGAGCUCUCCACCUUGGGGGACCCGCUCUGUGACGUGGCCUAUAACUGUCUGCCGUAUUUCAUGCCUUCAGACUGCAGUGUCAUAAAAGGCUUGAGUGACCGUGACCUCAACCAGCUGGCCAUUCCCACGGCAGAGGCCUACUUGCAGAUGUACUGCCGUCACCGAGACAUCCCUCUGGUCCACAACUGGAACUUCUACAUGGCCUUUUCCUUUUUCAGAACAGCUGCCAUCCUACAGGGGGUCUACAAGCGCUUCCUCGCAGGCCAGGCCAGUUCAGCAACAGCCGAAAGUGCUGGGAAGCUUGCGGAGUUCAUGGCGGACCUUGCCUGGGAUUUUGCCACAAAGGAAGGCUUCCGGAUCUUCAGGGAGCUUCCGAGUUCUGGACCACCCGUCAGGAUGUUCAGGACUUGGGCCAGCCCAAGGUUGCUUCCAAAGAGAGACUACGCCACGCAGAGCCCUGCAUCCAAGUCCCACCUGAUCUUCUCCCCUGAGGGCCUGCCCAGCCGCGUCCAGGAGCUGCACCACAAGCUGAAGAGAUUCAUGGAUGCCCACAUUUACCCAUCUGAGCAGCUCCUGCGAGAUCACCAGUCUUCCCCGAGUAGGUGGACUCCCCAUUCUCUGGUAGAAGAGCUGAAGGAGAAGGCAAAAUCCGAGGGGCUCUGGAACCUUUUCUUGCCCUUGGAGAGUGAUCCAGAGGCGAAAUACGGAGCAGGCUUGACCAACAUGGAAUUUGCCCACUUAAGUGAACUGAUGGGGACUUCAGUCUAUGCCCCUGAGGUCUUCAAUUGCUCUGCUCCAGACACUGGCAACAUGGAAGUGUUGGUACGCUACGGCACAGAUGCCCAGAAGGAACGCUGGCUGGUGCCUUUGCUGGAAGGCAAGAUCCGCUCCUGCUUUGCUAUGACAGAACCCCAGGUCGCUUCCUCUGAUGCCACCAACAUUGAGGCUUCUAUUACCAAAGAACAAGACGCUUACCUACUGAACGGGCACAAGUGGUGGAUUUCAGGUUCCCUGGACCCUCGUUGCCAGCUCUGCAUCUUUAUGGGCAAGACGAACCCUGAAGCCCAGAGACACAAGCAACAGUCGAUGCUCCUGGUCCCCAUGGACUCCCCUGGCAUCACCGUCACUCGGCCCCUCAGCGUGUUCGGCUUGGAAGACGCCCCAGCUGGCCACGGACAGAUGACCUUUGAAAACGUCCGCGUUCCCCAAGAGAACCUCCUGCUCGGUCCUGGCCGCGGGUUCGAAAUUGCCCAGGGGCGGCUGGGCCCUGGAAGGAUCCACCACUGCAUGAGGCUGAUCGGCCUGGCGGAAAGAGCGCUAGCCCUCAUGAAGGAGCGGGUGACUACCCGCGUGGCCUUUGGAAAGCCGCUAGCAGAGCAGGGCACCAUCAGGGCGGAUCUGGCCGAGUCCCGCCUGGAACUGGAGCAGGCCCGGCUCCUUGUCCUCAAGGCGGCCCAUCUCAUGGACACUGUGGGAAACAAGGAAGCCGCUCUGGAGAUUGCCUUGAUCAAAGUAAUGGCUCCGAGGGUGGCGCUCCGGGUCAUUGACCGAGCUAUCCAGGCCUUUGGUGCAGCAGGCCUCGGCAGCGAUCUGCCCCUGGCCCAGGCCUUUGCUUGGGCACGAGUCCUGCGCUUGGCCGAUGGCCCCGAUGAGGUCCACAAGGCAGCCAUCGCGAAAAUGGAACUGAAACGCUAACUGGGCCUCGGUGGAGUCUGAGCGGACACGCGAGGCCACAUUUUCCAGCAAGGCUCAACAGCUUCUGGAGUUGACUGGCAGAAAUACUCUACAGGAGCAGCAAUGAAGAAUUGCUCAGCUGGCCUCCUCUCGAUUUUGCUGGCUGCUGCUCUGGAUUUUGAGCACCAGGAAGUGCUUUCUUGAUCUCGGGAACUUGGUUCAUCUUUGCUUUUCUUUGGGAAGCCGAGAGGAGGGAGAAGACGGGGAGAAUCUUCCAGUGGUUUCUUGCUAAGGGGCGUCUGCUCAGUCCAUUAAUGCAAGGACUGUGAUUUGGGGGCGAUUUAAUAUUUUUGAUAAUGCAGGGGGCGAAAUCAUGAGGGAAAUAAAACCACCGUGAAAGGUGCAGCGUUAGAAAAACCAGCAAUAAAUGUACUGUUUGCUUUUCUCAGA